CACCAACAGAAAUCAGAAAAACAUAAGACACGCACACUCACACUCACAAAGACGGUCAACAGUUCGACCAAACCAUGCCACCACACACCAACGCCACCACCAAGCUCCCACACUGUUACCACCAACUACGCACCUUCAUCAACGCCAGAAUCAAAUGGGUCCGAGACCCUUACCUCGACUUUGCAGUCCAACGUGAAAAGGACCUCAAAGAAGCUAUCUCUCUCAAAAACCAAGUCCUCUCAACUCCUUCAAAAACUCUCUCUCUCUCCGCAGCUUCUCUCCUUAAACCCCACCUAAACCUCCCCACUACCACUUCAAACUUUUCCCUCAAAUACCCUUCUCUUUUCCUUCAUUCCCAAUCCCCUCCUCACCUCAAACUCACCCCUCAAUUCCUUUCCAUUCACAAAGACGAGUCCUCUAUUCACAACUCACCUACUCAUAGAAAUGACACUGUUAGAAGACUCACCAAGUUGUUAAUGCUCACCAAAGCGUCCAAAUUGCCUUUAUACGUGAUAGAGAGGUUCAAAUGGGAUCUGGGUCUUCCUCAAAAUUACAUUUUGACACUUCUGUGUGAUUAUCCUGACUAUUUUAAUGUUUGUGAGGUGAGAGAUGAGAGAAGUGGUGAGGAAGUACUUGGUUUGGAGCUUGUGAAGUGGAGGGAGGAGUUGGCAGUGUCUGAAUUGGAGAGAAGGGUAGGGAAAGAUUGUUACUUGGGGGGCAAGACAGGUGUGAGAAUUAUGUUCCCCAUGUGUUUGACGAAAGGUUUUGAAUUGGAGAAGAAGGUGAGGGAUUGGGUUGAGGAAUGGCAAGCAUUGCCUUAUGUGUCUCCUUAUGAGAAUGCGUUCCAUUUGUCGCCGAAUAGUGAUCAGGCCGAGAAGUGGGCUGUGGCGGUGUUACACGAGUUGUUAUGGUUGUUGGUGUCGAAGAAGACGGAGAGGGACAAUGUGUUUUGCUUAGGGGAGUAUUUUGGGUUUGAAGGGAGGUUUAAGAAGGCAUUGGUUCAUCAUCCGGGGAUAUUUUAUCUGUCGAAUAAAAUUAGGACGCAGACUGUGGUGCUUAGGGAGGCUUAUAGGAAGGAUUUCUUGGUGGAGAAGCAUCCGUUGAUGGGUAUGCGGUAUCGGUAUAUUCAUCUUAUGAAUAAGGUGCCGAAGAAGAAACGGCAAAAGCAGGCUAUUGGUUUAGCUUCUGGUGCAAAGAGAGACGUUGCUUCAAGAUCUAGCGGUGAAAGGGUGGAAGGAAAGGAAGAAAUAUGAGUGAGGUGAUAGGGAUAUUGAUGUGAUUGAUAGAGGAUGAUAGUAGGAAGCUAAGUGCCAAUUAAAAAAGAAUAAGGGAAUUGUUGGCUUUUGUUGUCCUCUUGCAGUGCAAAAGCGGAUGCAUUUGUUCUAGGCAUUUAACUGAUAGCUGAGAAAGACCAGAGAGCAAUUUCGAAUCAAGGGUAAUUGAAUGUGUGUUCCUGAAUCCUGGGUGAAUUCUUGGAAAAUUCGAAGAGAAAUGUUAAGUGGAUGGUGGUAAUGUAAAGGUUAUAUUAACUGACAAGUAAGUUAUUGGUACUGCAGGGUAGUAUGAUGUUCACAUUGAAAAGAAGAAGAAGAAGAGUGAGAAGGUGAAAGUUGGUGUUAAUUACCUGCUGUAAGGGGAGUGUUACAAAGGAUACAGAAGUGAGCAGGUAGAGGCAGGGUGGAUGUCUUGCUGGGUUGCUUUUGGCAUGGGAAUUUUAAAAUAAUGUUUGCAGCUGUCCAAUUGUUUGUGUUUGGCAAGGUGCAUUUUAAUGCAAGGGCCAUAGGGUUGAACUGGAUAGGAAAGGGCCAAAAGAAUCUCAGGCAAUUCCAGCGCUGACUGCUAUUGCUGAGUUAUCCUCAGUAUUGUAGGUUCUGAUUUUGGCUUUAGGUCCACACUAAGUUGACAUGUAAGUGAAAAAACUAUCUAAAUGAAUACCAUCAUUUGUGUUUCAAACUUUCUGGCAUGAGCCUUUUGAAUUAUGCCUUUAAGACAAUACCUGAUGCUUUCUUCUCUCUUUGGAAGACCACUCCACGAGCCUUAUUCCCCUUAUCCUUCCAUUUCCUCUUCAAUUCUAGUUAGAUAUUUGAUUCCCUUUCUAUGAAGAAGUAUAAUGCCACACUGCCAGUGUUAGCACUUCAUGUAAUUUUGGAUGAUUUAGUCAAUAUGUGAGUAGAAAACUGAAGUAAUAGAUAGUUCUAACACAGCUAGUCAGCUACACCUACAAUAUUCAUGACAACAAUGUUGAAAGGAAGAUUGUGCAAGAGAUUUGUUCUCUUUCCAACUCUCUUAACACUGUCCUUUCUUUCAUUUCCCUUUCUUUACUUUAGAAAAUUCACUCGAGAUCAAUUGCUGGUGGGAGGUAUCAGAACUUCAGUGACUGAAACAGCCGUGUAGGAGACCAUUCCAGAACCUGUGUUUGUUAAAUUUCAUAAAAGAAAAUUUUUGUUGUGUCUUCAGCUGUAAGGAUGCACACACCAACAGAUUAGGAAUUUUGAAUGCCUAUUUUACUUGAUGAAUGUUGUAACAUGACCAGGAAAAAAGUGUGCUAAAACUAAUUGUGAUUGGGUUCUAGACUUCUAGUGCCCGUCCUUUGCUAGUGGUCAUUCUAUGUAUUUUGGCCCUGAUUUUGAUCUUGUUCAGGCUUGUUAGAAUA